CAACCGGAUGUAUCAAUGUUAACCAGCCCUCAGCGAAAAAUAACGUAAACUGUUUUAGACCAAAGAUUUAACUAUAAAUAUCCUGACAUUCUCCUUGUAGAUGUUUAUUUCUGCAGAUGUGAUAAGUCCUGUCUAAAAUUUGCUUUAAAGAAUUCCAUCGACCUUUGUUUGCAACAUGAAUGGACUUUUAGCUAAUUCAGCUAGCAGGAGAGAUUUAUUGGGGGUUCUGACGUUGAAGCAUUAAAAAAAAACAUGGUUUAGGGCUACAGGAAGAGUCCAGGUUCCAGGUGUACGAUACUAUCUGUAAUCUCUUGAGUGGAUACAGAAGGUAUAAGCUAUUCAGGUUUCCUAUUCUGCUUUAUUAAAUCAGAGCAUGUCUUGCGUAAGUUUUCAGUUUUAGGCAGCAGAAACAAACAAGGGUUGUAGAAAAAGACUUUUAAGUGAAUCAAGAAUGUCUGAAACGAUGAAGAUUGAAGCGGGCGACUCCGGGAGGCUCAGUAUGUUGUCUCCCAUCCCUGCAGCAUCCUCAUCAGAACUGGAAGAGGGACAGGGCAAGACAGAUCUCAUGAUUUCAGACUAUCAGAUGUCAGUGAUCAAAGAAGAAGUCUUCCCAGACUGGAGCUCGAGUUUGGACAACCGUUACCCAGAGCCCCCCCCCAUCAAAUUGGAAGAGGAAGAACAGUGGAUCAGUCAGAAGGAAGAGCAGCUUGCUGUGAAGAGGGAAGAUGGGGAGAAACCUCAGAUAGCAGAGCUUCACCAAAUAAAAACUGAGGACAAAGAGACAGAAAAUUUAACCAGCAGCUCAACUGAACAGACACAACUAGUUGAGGAGGACUGUGGGGCACCAGAACCAAACCGUAACCUUGAUCCUACAUAUUCUUCUCAAAAGAGCAAGCUAAAGGUCCAUAGAAAAUGUAAAAAUCCUAAACUGCACUCAAAAGUCAAAGCUCAGAUCGGAGUCAACACAGGAGAGAAGCUGUUUGGAUGCAAUAUCGGUGGGGAAAGAUUUAAACGGAAGGCUUAUGUGAAGUUACAUAUACUUGCACACAUAGAAAAUGAGGAACAUGGAUGUUAUCUUUGUGGUAAAGUAUUUAAAAAAAAGAGUUACCUUCAGAUCCACAUGAGACUCCAUACUGGAGAGAGACCGUUUGCUUGUGUUGAUUGUGGGAGAAGGUUUCAUCGAAAGACCAUUCUCAAAAACCACCUGGCCGUCCAUUCAGGAGAAAAACCAUUUUCUUGUGACAUUUGUGAUAAAAGAUUUAAGAGAGAGAAAUCUCUAAAAAGCCAUGUAUGGUUGAUCCAUACCGCAAAGAAGCAGUUUUCUUGUACUAUUUGCAGUAAAAGAUUUUUACAGGAAGAACACCUAAAGAGCCAUAUGGGUGUUCACACAGGAGAGAAACAAUUUGUGUGUGGGUUUUGUAGUAAAGGAUUCUCUCUAAAAUCAAAUCUAAAGACUCACUUGCGUGUUCACACAGGAGAGAAGCCUUUUAUUUGUAACGUUUGCAGUAAAGAGUUUUCGCGACAAGAUCACCUAAAGAGUCACAUUCUUGUUCACACAGGAGAGAAACAAUUUAUAUGUGGGGUUUGUAGUAAGAAAUUUACGCUAAAACAGAAUUUAAAGAUUCACAUGCGUGUUCACUCAGGAGAGAAACCCUUUAUUUGUUCAAUUUGCGGUAAAGCCUUUUCACAACAAAACCGCCUCAAAAGUCACAUGAGCAUUCACACAGGAGAGAAACCGUUUGUCUGUGGUGUCUGUAAAAAAGAGUUUUCACAGCAGCGGAAUCUAAAGAUCCACAUGCAUAUCCACACGGGGGAGCAGCCGUUUCUCUGUAGCGUCUGUGGCAAAGGGUUUUCACUCCAAAGGAAUCUAAAGAUCCACAUUCGCAUUCACACUGGAGAGAAACCAUUUGUUUGUAGUUUUUGUGGUAAAGGCUUCUCACGACAAGACUAUUUGAAAAGUCACAUGCGUGUUCACACAGGAGAGAAACCAUUUGUUUGUGGUGUUUGUAAUAAAGCAUUCACACAACAACAGAAUCUGAAAAGGCAUAUGGAAGCUCACAAAGUAUGAUUUAUCUUUCUAGGUUCGUUCUAAUAAAUUAAGCAGCUAUUAGAUUGCAAUUUUUAUAUAGCAAUAGAUGUAUCUUAAAAAUCAUGUGGAACAGUGUUUUUAGUUUUAGGGCUGGGUGAUAUAGCCUAAAGUCAAUGUCGUGAUAUAUUCAGCAGUUUGCUUCACUUGAUAAGUGGAUGAUAUGACCUCCACAGGAGAAAAACACUACAGUCAUAUUCAUCUGAGCUUGGGAGCUUUAGACAUGUUUGUCCCUUGCAGACAGCAAUAUAUGGAAACCUUUUUCGUCUCGCUCUCCUAGUUGAUUGGCUGGAAAAUAAUCUUGAGGGUGCGGUUUUAAUUUUUUUAUUGAUGUAUUGCACAUUCAGACUAGACUGGAUUAAAGAUCAAAUCUGCACAGCUUACCCUUAAAGCGUAACAGAUAGAGGAUUCCACCCAAACACCAGUCGUCCUUUAGAUGUUUAGGUCACAUCUGGUCGGUACCACAUAGCCUCGAUUUAGUCCAGAAAUAGUUGUUGAAAACUGGCUUGGUUUGGUCCUAUUUUGACACUCUUUAGUCCAAUAAUAGACAUUGAAAAAACUUUGCAAACCCAGUUUUCAAUGUCUUUUCAACGAUCUGAAAAUUACAGCUUUCACCUUUCAUUUUUCAACCAAAUGUAGACGUUGUUAGGAAAUCAUAUUGUCUUUUGAAUGACUUUUAACCCAAUCUUUGCUCGGUGGCUUUUGAUUUUAAAAAGUAAAGUAGAAACUAUGUUUAAAGACAAGAAAAACACUUGUAUUUCCCCCCAAAGAGGAUGUCUUGUACCUCUCCUCCUGUCAGACCCAUAACAUUGUUGCUGAAAUGCUGUGUAACUAAAAUAGACCUGGGGUCUAUCUCAGUUUGAGCUACGAAAGCCUCUUGCAGAAAAUCGUGUUGGGUGUGUUUAGCCCCAUUGACUUUCAUUGAGCGCUAAAUGACAUGAUGUCUUACGACACAUGGAUACUAACUGAAAUUUCGUGAUUAGUCUUGAGCAUAUUCAGUAUCACCUCGUACGUAUGUCCUGAUUCAAAAUAUUCCUGGAUAACGGCAGCUAUGUUUGGGGCGCCGACAAUAUCCAUUUUUUCAAAAGCCGCAGCAGGCAGAAUGACUUCCGGUUCAAGGUUCAAACGGCGCCGUCGUCCAAUCAGCGAUGUCUCAUUUUUCCCACUGGUACCUACCUUUUCCGGUAGGUUAAUGUAAUUGUGUUUUCCUUAAUGU